AUGAGUAUCCUUGAGUACAAUGGGUCCGCGGUUAUUGGAAUGAGGGGAAAGGACUGUGUUGCCAUUGCAACAGAUUUGCGGUUUGGCAUCUCCUAUCAAACUAUUUCUACCGAAUACUCGAAAGUGGAACAGCUUGGUCCUCGUUUGUUCGUUGGCUUUCCAGGACUAGUUACGGAUAAGGAAACAGUAUUCCAACGUCUCCAGUUCCGGAAAAACAUGUAUGAAUUGCGCGAAAAUCGUAAUGUUAAGCCUAAAACGCUUAUGUGCAUGCUAUCGAAUCUUCUUUAUGAGAGAAGGUUCGGUCCCUAUUUUGUAGAGCCUAUUGUAGUUGGGCUGGACCCAAUUACAGAGGAGCCUUUUGUUGGUGGCAUGGAUCUUAUUGGUAGUGCGAAUGAAACUAAAGAAUUUGUUGUUGGUGGAUCAUGUACAGAGCAGUUGUACGGCAUGUGCGAAACUAUGUGGGAGAAAGAUCUUAAACCCGAUGAACUAUUUGAAUGUAUCUCACAGUGUAUGUUGAACGCUUUAAAUCGGGAUUGCAUCGCUGGAUGGGGCACCCGAGUCUAUCUUGUGGAAAAAGAUAAAGUCACCAUAACCGACAUCAAAAGCCGCAUGGACUAA